AUGGAAGGACGAAAAGUUUCUCCAGUACGUUCAGAUAACUCGAAGUUGUUAUCAUCCCAAUCUACUAAUUAUUACGCUAAUUUAGCUGUUCAGGAAGGAGAUGGACGGCUUUUCAAAAUGGAAGUGGAUUAUAGUGCACAAACCGAUGAGGCUUUGGCUAAAGCAGAUGCUAUUGCGAAGAGUGGUGAUGUGCCAGCAGCGCUAGAUUCAUUAUCAGGUUUGGAGAAAUCAACAAGACUUGGAUCAGAUAUGAAAUCUAACACACGUAUUGUUCAACAUAUGGUUAAACUCUGCUUUGACGGAGGCGACUGGACAUUGUUAAAUGACACUAUUCUGGUGUUGUCUAAAAAACGUUCCAUAAUUAAACAAGCAAUAGCUAAAAUGGUACGCGACUGUUGUGAAAUGAUCGAAAAAACACCAAAUGACCAUACUCGUGACAAACUGAUCGAAACUUUAAGGAAUGUUACUGCUGGAAAGAUAUAUGUCGAAGUUGAGAGAGCUCGGCUGACUAGUCGUCUUGUCAAGAAACUAGAAUCAGAAGGUAAACUUGAUGAAGCAACGACAAUGCUUUUAGAACUGCAAGUGGAAUUCAUCUUAGAGCAAAUGCGUCUGUGCGUGUUGAAAAACGAUUUUAUUCGUGCAUCAAUUUUAUGCAAAAAGAUCUCCACUCGUUUUUUCGAAAACAAAUCGGAAAAGGUUCAAGAAUUAAAACUGAAGUACUAUGAUCUAAUGAUCAAAAUUGGGUUGCACGAAAGCGCUUAUCUGGAUGUAUGCCGAUAUUAUCGGGCAGUAUUAGAUUCACCUUGUGUGCAAGCUGAUCAAGAAAAAUCAAAACAGAUUCUCAAAUGUAUUGUCUUGUAUGUGUUGCUUUCUUCUCAUAACAAUGAACAGUGGGAUUUAUUACAUCGUAUUCAUGAAGGACGACAGUUAGAACUUAUUCCGGAAUACAAUUCAUUUCUUGAACUGUUCAUUAAUCAGGAACUGAUUUCAUGGAAAAAAACAAUAAGCAAAUAUGAAAAGCUCUUACGUGAUGGUAUUUCGACAAGCAAAGCGACUGAUGUCCUCGAUCGUAGUGAAAAUGGAAAUAAGCGUUGGUCCGAUUUGCAUACGCGUGUUGGUGAACAUAAUAUGCGUAUGAUUGCGAAAUACUACACUAAAAUAACAUUUGCGCGUAUGGCUGAAUUACUCGAUUAUCCUAUUGAGGAAAUGGAAGGUUUUUUAUGUAAUCUCAUUGUUACGGGUGCAAUUCCUGAUGCAAAAAUUCAUCGUCCAGCAAAGGUUGUCAACCUUCGAGCUCGAAAAGCUAAUAUUGAGCAAUUAGAUCAAUGGGCUAGUUCUGUACGAAAGCUUACUGAUAUACUUAAUAAGGUGUCUCAUUUGAUUUCCAAAGAAGAAAUGGUUCAUCGACAUUUAGAAGAUAGUUCAGGAUCAAGUGCUACUGUGCGUUAA